AUGGCGCUCGCCAAUGAAUGGAGCUACUACGCCUUCAAACGGAAGGGUCUCCGGGUUUCCACGCUUUCCCAGGGGUCUCAGCGAAGCACAUACUUCCUAUCUCUUCCAUACCGAUACUCACUUCCCCUUCUAGCCUUUUCAGUGAGCGUUAAGUCGUACGGGGUUGGGCUGACUCGGGAGCCUGCGAACGAUACCACCACGUGUGGGUAUUCACCGGCUGCAAUUGUGAGUACGGUUUCUGUCGGGGUCGCCAUGAUGGCUUGUCUUAUCUUGAUGGCAUUUAAACGAUUGAAGUCCGGCAUGCCAGUGGCGGGAAGUUGUAGUUUAGCUAUUGCUGCUGCUUGUCACCCUUCUUUGUCGAAUGGGGAAAACAGUGCGAUUGAUAAGACAGCUGGUACACUUCCGUUGAAAUGGGGGGUUGAAAUGCCUGAAUGUGAUGGGAUAGGACAUUGUGCACUUUCCAGUGAACAAGUGGAGUCUGCGCUGGAUGAAAGCGUGUAUAGAUGA